AUGGAGUACCUGCACACGGUGACCGUGCCCAAGUUCGGGCCGAAGAAGCGCGAGACCUUCGAGCCGCAGGGCAUGGUCCAGGGGCCGACGCUCCACCUCCGGGCGCUGGGCUCCAAGGAGUUCGCGGCGGCGGAGGAGAUCAACCGGACCUACUGCGCCGACUACACGGUCGCCGAGCUCGACGGCCUGCACUACAACUUCCUCCAGGCGCCCUACUGCGACGCGGUGGCCGAGGCCAUCGACGCGUUCGUCGUCCGCCGCGCGGGCGGCGCGCCGCCGCCGCCCGCGUCGCCGCCGUCGUCGCCGCGGUCGCCGGGCGGCGCCGUCGCGACGCUCGCGGCGCUGGCGGCGUCGCAGGCCGCCAAGCUCGGCGACGCGCCCUUCCUCGAGGCCUGGGACCGCAAGGCCGGCGUCGUCGAACGCGCGUCGUUCCGCGACUUCGGGCGGCGCGUCCGCGCGACGGCGGAGCGCCUGCCCUUGGCCCGGGGCGACAGCUGCGCCGUCCUCGUCCACCCGACCGUCGCCGCCCACGUCGCCCUGCUCGCGCUCGCCGCGGCCGGCGUCGUGGGGCACGUGCUCAACGCCACUCUCAGCCUCGACUCGUGGACGACGAUGGUCGGCGGCGCCUGCCGGGGCUUGCUCUGCGGCCUGAGCCUGCGCGAGGGCGCCGGCGCCCUCGCGCAGACCGUCGCGUCCAAGGAGGUGCUCGUCCUGCUCGGCGCGGGCGACGCGCCGAAGCUGGGCCCGAAGGAGCGGCCGCUCGACACGACGGCGCCGCGCGGCGCGCGGGACCUCGAGCCCGACGCGGCCGUCGGCGCCGACGACGUCGCCUUCGUGCUCUUCACGUCGGGCACGACGGGCGCGCCCAAGGCCGUGGCCCAGACCCACGGGAAGAUCCUCGCCGCGGCGGACCGCAUGUUCCGCUACGAGGCCGGCGGCUCCGCCGCGGCGACCCAGGGCGCGACGCUCGCCUUCCUGCCCCUCUACCACAACCUGGGCCUCUACCACAACUUCGUGCUCAAUCUGCGGGCCGGGUCGAAGACGCUCGUCCACGCGGCCGCGCCGUCGAUGCCCCUCACGCUCGGCCUGCUCCUCGAGGCCGCGCCCGCGCUGAAGCCGACGUCGCUGGAGGUCGUCGCUGUCCUCGCGGAGCAGCUCGCCCAGCUCCUGGCCGUCGGCGGCGAGCUCGGCAACGACAUCAAGCAGCGCCUCGCGAGCUUGGACUCCGUCAAGGUCGGCGGGAGUCCGCUCUCCGCCGAGGCGCACGUGAGCCUCACGAACGCGGGCCUCGCCGUGCUCCAGCACUACGGCCAGACGGAGCUCUGCGGCUACGUCCUCGCCUCCGCGCCGCGGAAGCGCGGCGCGCCGCCGCCCGUGGGCCGCGCGAACGCGCUGCAAAAGGUCGACGCGGCCGUCGCCUACGACCUCCGCGGCGGCGGCGCGGUCGGCGAGCUCGUGCUCGCCGGGCUCCAGGACGAGCCCUACGCGACGGGCGACAUCUUCCGGCGCGGCGACGACGGGUCGUUGACGUUCCACGCGCGCGUCGACGGCAUGCUCGUGCUGGGGUCCGGCGAGAUGGUCGACCCCGCGCCCCUCGAGCGCGCGCUGCUGGCCAAGCUCGCCGGCGACGUCGUGCGCUGCUGCCUCGUCGGCGACGGCCGCCCGCGGCCCGCGCUGCUCCUCGAGCUCCGGAGCUCCGCGCGCGACGGCGACGGCCUCCCGACCGAGGACGCGCUCCUCGGCGUCGAGGCCGCGCUCGCGGACGUCCAGGCCGACGCGCCCGCGGCGACGCGCAUCCUCGACACGCACGUCCUCGUCCUCGACGAGCCCCUCCCCGUGACGCUCAAGGGCGCCGUCGACGUCACCGCCGCCAUGGACCGCAAGAAGACGGUCCUCAAGCAGGCGGACGACGGCGUCCUCCUCGACGACUCCCUCGCCGCGCUCAAGCGCGUCUGCUACGCCAACGAAUAA